AUGUCCGAGAGCCCAACAACCCCAGGACGCCAAAGGGACCCUAGUAGUCCUACCUUUACCGGCAUUCCUUCUAUUCUUACUGUGCUUCGAGAGCCAGAAUCCUUCUCAUCAGAUGACGAAGGGCGCGGGCAUCAUUAUCGCCAACAUUCUCCUGAGACAGCAUCCAGACUGGCACGAGAAACUCUAAUUAGCAUGUGCAAGACAAUCGGCCUUGUGGGUGCUCAACUGAACAAUGGCACAAACGACUCCGACUUCCAGCUUAGGCAACUGAUACACUUGGCACGUAACAUUUCAAAACGGUUGGACAGUCCUGAGAUCAAUGGCCAUCCUCCUCGAUUCGAAUAA